GGGGCAUGUGAUGGUUAUAUGGCGACCGUCAUGCGUCUGACGUCUUGAACGCUGCAAGCUGAUGGGAAAUCUCCUGUUCUGCAUGGUGUUCGUUUGCCUGCUGCUGUGUGGCGGAUUAAUCCAGUAUAUGUUGUCUUGUUUGCUCAUAAUAUGUGUUAACAGGAAAUGUAGAUCGAGUGGUCGGGUCCAGGUUUUCAUCAGUUUCGAAUUUGCCGAUGGAAAGUGAUGUGCUGUUGCGAUAUAUACUCCUGUUCUCGAUCAUCGCGGAUGAAAAUAAAUGCCUUCCCUCAAUUUCAUGGAAGUAAUCCGAAGUACUUUUUAUGCCGGUGUUGGGCUCAUUCAAGUGCCAUCGGAAUGCGUAGGAUUACGUGAGUCAAAUUCCAUCGGAGAUACGGAGCGGCCUUGUUUUGAACUCUAUGCUAUCUCAAGAAUGAAGACGUUUCUCACGGUAGAAAGAAAAUAACGGAGCUACGUAUAUACGUGGUAGCAAUAAAUGAAACACUCAACGCCAGAAUUAUCAAUGGAUCCCUGUUUUUGGUUUCACGCGCGUAGAUCACGUAUACUGUAUACGGAAACCGAUGAACGCCGUGCAUUUUGAUUGGCACUCAGAUCCGGAUUGUUAUCAAAAAUAUAAGAUUCACUCACUGGACAUUUGGACUACUGUACCGAGUAUUUCCCAUUAACUAAUAGUGUAUAAGAUAUCCGCCCCACACGCGAGCGCUUCGGAAGAACACAAGCAUGUACCGUAUGUAUAUAGCCAGAUUUAAAAAAAAGUUCGAUGUAUACGUACGGCGCACUGGCGAGAGGGAUCAUGCGAUGACAUACUUGAGUAUACACUAGUUCGGUGAUGUACAGCAGGUAUAUCCACGGCAUCCGACUUCGUGAUUGUAAUAUGUUCCCAACCUAAUCCCAAAAAUACCUUUUUCGGUAAGCAAAAGUCUCAAUAGCACCCUGCGUUUUCAUAGAAUUUUACCGGAGCAUCAGGACCUCAUCAAAAGAAGCGAGAACAUUUUUUUAAUGUAAACUGUAGCUCAUCACAUCGGCGCACAACUACAAUAUAGUCCCGUUUUAACUAACAUUUUAAAGCUGUGAGACGAAUAGAGGUAACACAGUACACAGAAACCAAAGACGCUUCCGUCGUAUGAAGGAGAGACGUGCGCUGCUUUCCAUGAUCGAUAGGCAGUGGCAUUUUUUGUUGAGAAAAUAACCAUCAGAAGUGAUUGGUGUGAUUGACAUCUUAUGUGAGUGGUAGCUUAUUGCAAAGGCCCGAUACAUGAACGAGUCGCGUUAGUUACGGUACACAGUACUGCAUGAUGGCUGCCAUCAGUGUUCUCUCUGAAGUUCAAGACUCGUCACCCGUCGACUUGGAGUCUCUAGUCAAAGAAGUCCAGGCUCUGAAAGUGCGAGUGGAGGAGGAACGGCACAAAAUUACGGAUGUCACGUGUGAGUUCAUCCUUCCUCAGAAAUGUUUUCGAACAUGAAAGCCAUCAGUAGUGUAAUGCAUUUACGAGAUAAAAAAUGUUCGGAAGAAUAGCAUGUACAGUACUCUAUGAAAAGUGUAAUGCAAAGUUGGCCAAGAAUAUUAAACGGAACACUUUCUGAAUAAGUCUGUUGCUACCGGUUAUCGCGGGAAAUGAAUUGCGGGAUGUCACCAGAGAGAAUGCUGUCAUUGAGCGUAGCCCAGCCUGCAUAAUACUGUACCAUAUUUACCUCAGUACAGUACUAUAUAUCACGCGCCCUCAAGUAUGUAAGACGUAUACGAGCACCCGAAUGUUUCAGCCUAAAAUUCGGAUAAGAAUACAGUAUAUCCUCGAGUAAAGACGCGCCCCAAUUUUUAGAGAUGGGGAAUUGCAAAAUUCUGGAGAUGAAAUGCAUCAGAAUUCAGAAAUUAAAUUUUGACUGGCUUUGUUGUCAAACUGAAUGUUAAUUUUAAUUUUUUCAAUAUUUUGAAAUUGUUUCAAAAUUUCCUGUUCGAAUCAGGUCUGAAGCACAAAUGCUCUGAAACUUUUUUUUUACCCACCUAUAAGACGCACUCUCUUCUUCCCCUGCUAAUUAUGAAAAAAAGUGCGCAUGAAAGCACUGGAGUAAAUACGGUAAGUAUUUAUGUGCAGCAAGUACUAUCAUUUUGGCCUGCAUAGCGAAUGCGAAGUAUUUCAACUCUUCCAGAACGAAGCAUGGUAAUUUUUCGGCGACAUGAAGAAUGCAAGAAUACAAGAUUAAUUUUAAAGAUUUACUGCAGUACGUCGUGUUUUCGUUUUAAAAAAUCGAGGUUUGCAAGGCGAAACCCCACUUACGUACUGUACCUCCAUUAUUGAGAGAAUUUUUAUAACGUACGUAAUUCUGUUCGAAAGGAAUUCGGAAGUUAUUCGUUCAUCUAAUCUGUCCUGCAUUAUUCAAUAUAAUUAUAAUUAGUGUUUCUAAUAACUGAUCCAACAUUUGUGAUACCUCCAGUAACUUGAGCCUUUUUCUGAAUUUUGUACAACUUUCGGUUGCAUGCAUUCUCCUCACCGAUGUUAUGCUUACUCAUCAUCAGUGCCCAGUGUGGCUUCAAAGCUGGAAAAUUUACAGCCGUUGAAUGUAAAGGCUAGACGGAUUUUGAAGGGACACAACGGGAAGGUUUUAUGUUUGGAUUGGUCUGCCGACAAGAGGCAUAUUGUGUCAUCCUCCCAGGAUGGAAAAAUGAUAAUCUGGGAUGCAUUUACGACUAACAAAGAGCAUGCGAUAACGAUGCCAACGACGUGGGUGAUGGCAUGCGCUUACUCUCCUUCUGGCAAUCAAGUGGCUUGUGGUGGUCUGGACAACAAGGUCACGCUUUAUCCACUCAGUUUGGAAGAAGACGCCUCAUCGAAAAAGAAAACUGUUGGCGUACAUUCUUCUUACAUGUCCUGUUGUUUGUUCCCAAAUUCGGACCAACAGAUCCUAACGGGGAGCGGGGAUUCCACGUGUGCUUUGUGGGAUGUUGAGUCCGGUCAACUGCUUCAAGGCUUUCAUGGGCACAGCGGUGACGUUAUGGCCAUCGACCUGGCUCCGUUUGAAACGGGGAACACAUUUGCUUCCGCGAGCUGUGAUAAGACAGCAUUGAUUUGGGAUAUGCGCACCGGUCACCGAGUGCACAGUUUUGAGGGCCACGAGGCAGACAUCAAUUCAGUCAAAUAUUAUCCAAGUGGCGAUGCAAUAAUUACGGGUGGGGACGAUGCAGCGAUCCGCUUGUUUGACUUGAGAGCUGACCGAGAAGUGGCCUGUUACACGAAAGAAAGCAUCAUCUUCGGCGUGAAUGCAGUUGAUUUUUCCGUCAGCGGAAGGCUAAUUUUUGCUGGGUACAAUGACUACUCUGUCGGAAUCUGGGAUACAUUGAAAGUUCAAAGAUUGGCUACCCUGUACGGGCACGAGAACCGAGUUUCUUGUUUGAAAACCUCACCAGAUGGAACUGGUGUUUGCACGGGAUCCUGGGACUACACGCUCAAAGUAAUAUUUUCGAAAACGCACGACUCCUGCAUGGAGCAUACAGACGCUGUGCUGUAUUUGACCGGCGGAGCUUUUGACCCAGGUGGAAAUGUUACGAGAAAAGAGAGUUCGCCGACGAGACCAGCAGAGGCCGAAGAGGAGAGAGAUAGCGGAAAUUCUCAAGCGGGGUUCCUACCGAAUGAAAAACCGGACGACGGCUCGAGGACUUCCACAGGGGAUCCGUGA